CAGGUGAAGAAUAAAAACUGGUUGCAUUCUCCUCAGAGAGUGCAGUCUUCUGUUUGGUAGUAAAAAAAAAAAAAAACUACAAGUCCCGGGAUGCACCUCGGUUGCCCGGCGUGUCACGUGACUGACACCCCGGCGCAUGUAAGCACCGCCCGGCUGUUUACAAAACAUCUCUUGUCUCGUUGCUCCUGCGUCUGAGGGAGAAGCUGCAGGAUGGAGGCUGAGAACACUCAGCCCUAUUUCUUCGGAGACAUCGGAUGCUGGUCAGAGAGGACAGAGGUGCACAAGGCGGCCUCUCAGGGCCACGUCUCCCAGCUGAUGCACCUCAUUCAGAGCGGAGCCUCGGUCAACAUUGUGGCAGUGGACUCCAUCACGCCGCUGCACGAGGCCUGUCUCUGUGGACAGACCAAGUGUGUCCAGCUGCUGCUGGACGCUGGAGCGCAGGUGGAUGCGAGGAAUGUAGACGGCAGCACUCCGCUGUGUGAUGCCUGCUCAGCUGGAAGUUUGGAGUGCGUCAGGCUCUUGCUGGAGCGUGGUGCCAAAGCCAACCCCGCUCUCACCUCUCGCACGGCCUCCCCUCUCCACGAGGCUUGCAUGGGAGGUAACUCGGACUGCGUGAGGCUCCUGAUUGCUGGGGGUGCUUCUCUGGAGCCGUACGACCUUUACCACGGGACCCCGCUGCAUGUGGCUUGUGUUAACAAACACACAGACUGUGUUAAAGUGCUGCUUAAUGCAGGUGCUAAGGUGAAUGCUACCAGGCUACACGAAACUCCGCUGCACCACGCUGCUAAAAACAUGCGGGUGGAGAUGAUACAGAUUCUGGUGGAGUUCGGGGCCAACAUCUACGCCAGAGACCAGCACGACAGGAAACCAGUGGACUACACCACACCAGACUCUCCCUCUGCAACCUACUUACAGUUUUAUGAGACCACUCCCAUGAGUCUGCAGCAGCUCAGCAGGUUGGCGGUGAGGAAGACGCUAGGCACCAAAGCUCUGAAGGUCGUAGGUCAGCUGGAAAUACCGAAACUCUUGAUCAGCUACCUCUGCUAUCAGUGAGAGCCACCGGGAGGAAGAGGUGGAUCGAAGCUCGAAAGAAAGGCUGGAAUUUCACAGAGCUGCUGCAUUGUCACAAAUAACAUAGGUUAGUGUCGAUGACAAGAUUCUUCUCAAAACUUUCAUUUUUAAGACUUGAAAGCAACAUUUUACAGACUGGAGUCGAGAUAGAGGAUCUUUCACCUCCUGUGUUGGAAAUUUCAUAUACUGUGUGUGUUGUGUUUGCCCGAAUGAACUGCAUGGAUUGUGUUUACAUGCAAACUAAUUAAUUGAGCUUAAUUAUGCUAAAUAAUUUACUAUCACACAGAAACUAUAAGCUAUAUUUAGAGUAUGUAGUUUUCAAUUUAGUAAAAAGAUACAGGCGUUACCUUGCUAAUGACAAGAUAGCUCACAACUGCUGAUCAUAGUUCUGCAGCAAGCUAUGCAGGUUCACAACAAUUAGUGGCAGCAAGCAGCCGGUGAUGGAAAGAUGUAAUAAAGCUAAAAAGAAAAUGCACAAAAACAACUGACAUCCAAAUAUGAGCUGACCUCAAGGCUGAAAUCCAGUGGAGGCUACCUCGGCUGACAGUAAGAGGGUGCCAUCACAAAAAGAUCAUAUCAUUUUUUAAUAUAUAGAUAUAUUUAAGGUCUUAAAAAGUGUGGGAGCAACUGCAGUGAUGGUUGGGUCAUGUGUAUUAUAAAGCUAGGAGGUGUUUGUAUUUUUUAUUCCUUGGUCUGUGCCACAGUCGAGGAUAACUGAUGUGGCAUGUCGGACAUCCAAGAACAUCCUGACAAAAAUACUAGCACUGACACACAGCAGCACAAGGUACCCCUCUGCACAUUUGUAAACAGGGAGAAGUACAAGACGUCUUGUGGUGGUGAAGUCAGCCUCUUCUCUCACUUUCGGUCACCUGCAAAUGCCAAAAGUCAUAAAACAGAGCGAGCUAUGAUUGGUAGUGUUCUAAAGAUCACAGACUGAACAAAAUGCAAAGUGGUUUUUCAUGCAAAAAACACUUGUGGCUCAACACUGGCUUAGUCAGGUCACAAUAAACUAUAUAAACACUAUAAUCACAGUCAUACCACUACCUGAUCUGUUUAUUGGAAGUCACUGUUUUAUAGUGUGUGUGAAGACAAACAAGUUAGAUAUGGACAUUUAUAGUGACCUUACAACAGGAAAUGACUCCUCCUUUAUUUCUCUUUAACCACUGCUCCUUUGUUUCCUUUACGACAAACCAUCCCACUCACAGGCCUGGGUAAAUACACAUGAGCAUGCUGUGUGACACCUACUUUUAUUGUUUAAUAGAGCUGCCAACAUGUAAUAUCAUGUCAAUACAAGCUGUAAAAGUCUUAAAUAGCAUUAAUGAAUGUUUGACAUUCGAAUAAAUGUAAACAGAAAGAAUAGAACAAGACAAAAACGAGCAUCUAAUAUCCGAUAUGACUGUAGAUGGGUAUUUAUUUAACUAGAGAACAAGUGACCGAGCUCAGGGAGAGGAACCAGGACAGACGAACUUAAUCGCGCUUUCAGAAGCUCCGCCCACCACACUCACGCACGUGCACUGCCAAAGUUCACCACUGAUCUCAAAAAGUCGGAAUUGGCAAACAUGAACAAUUUGAACAACACCAUACUGACCAAAAGUGUGCGGCACCUUUCAGCGACUGUGAAAAUGAUUGUGAGCAGAACGUCCUGUGAGACAUCAGUGGUAGCAUCUCCAGUGGCUCACAGUAUAUUCUGAAACAGUACAGGAGUUAGCUAAGGACACCUUUUCAGGUCGUACUCUCAUCCUUCGAUAGUAGAAGGCAGAGGAACGAUCACAUUAUCUAGCCGGCAGACCAUGAGGAGACAUUAGCAGAAUUUGAUAAAAAGUGUAUUGGAUUAAAAUCAAUAAUCCCACAUUUGUUAUUAUUAUAUAUUAUUAGAAACCUCUGCCCAUUGUCAUGUCCUUAUUUUCAGGGGUGGUCCUUCCAUAAGCUGCACAUGAAACCCCCCAUACUGGUGCUGAGGGGGCGACGAGCAAUGCUGUAGAUCUCAGUGGAUUAGACAUGCAUGAUUCAGGAUGAUGUCAGUGGAAGGGCACAUUGACCCUGGAUUAUUCCGGGAAAAUUGCAAGCAACUCACUGCACUCAUGAGUGUACUGUAAAUACAGACAAGCAGUUGAAAUAUGAAAUCAGACGUGGGUGUCAGCAUUCCCAGAAUUACUAAAGGUUUAAAACAAAUGAAAAGCGUAGGAAUAUGUAGAGGAAAACCGCUCAGUGUUGUCACAGCAGCACUUUGACCGAAGUUCUCCAGAUGCUGCUUCGCGUCAUCUUACAUUCCUGUACGUGAAGCCCAAGCAUGGCAACAGCCAGUGUUUGAUACAGACACUGUAGUUUCAAGCAGGCGGUAUCUUGGCUGCCUAUUUAUAGCUUUGUGUCUGAUGCGCCAUUAAAUCUGCUUAUACUGUAAAGAGAGCUUAGUCGUGUCUUGGUAUUUGUGGAAGGAGGCGCAGGAAGUGCAGUAUGAGUGCUUAAGACUGAUUCAUCGACUCUUCUCUAUGUUGACAUGCCCUGUUUUAGAGUUUCAUAACUUUUAUUUAACCCUAGAGACUGAAUCAGGCCAAACACACACUGAAUAGUUUGACAGCAGAACGCUGAAAGUUAAGUGAAGGAUACUGGGCAGCGCAUUAGAAGAUUCAGUUUGUUACUGGGUACCCAUUAUUCUUGGCGUUCAGGUGCGUCUCUGUUUGCUUUCAGACCAAACAUACAGCAAAUCAAUCUCUGGUGCCACGUCCUGUUUUUAGGCUGGUGAUCUCAAACAACAAUUCACAUUCCGUCUUAUUCCAACUUUCCCAAUUAUGUGAACAAUAAUUCUGUCCCAUUGACCUCGGUCACAGAGUGGGCUUGCUGCAGCGAGGAGCUAACUGAAGCUAUAGUCUUUCUCUGUACAAACUAAGUUGUUGUUGUUGGCAGGUACGGACACCUCUUCACACAGGAAGCGAGGAAAUCCAUUGCAAAUCCGUAGAGAUAUGUUGUGAUUGGUUCAGGGUAUUAUCGCUUGAUAUGAGUGUAAAUGUGGGAUGAGAACUCAUGAUCAGCAUCUUAAACCAUAAACAUAAAGUGACCAUCAUGCAGUAAAUGUGGUGAACUAUGCAAAGACACUCUCUUGCCCUUUCUUGCUUUACAGUUUCAAACACAGUCCACGUGCAGUUUGCUGACAUCAGCCUUUAGGAUUUUUUAUCUAAUUUUCAAACCUCUUGCUUCCACGUCGGUUACCUCGAGCAGCUUUACAGAGCAAGAGGUCACCUGUCAGUUCUGCUGUCGUUCUCCACCUGUGUGUUUUUCCGACAGAUCUUCACAAAGCGCUCAAAAACAUUAUUUCAUGCCCUCGGAACUGCAUCCAAAUCUCUCGGUUCACUCCCCUCUCACUUGGCUCGCUCCCUGAACGUGCCCGGGCUGCACGAUGCUGGCCUGAACAUGCCGGUCGUCUGGCUGCACCCCAUAAACAUGCCAAGAUGUGGAAGUUUGUUUGAUCAGAAUAUAAAUCCCUAACAGCAAAUCCGUCAGCAUUUCACGAUAUCUGGACUAGUUUUUGUUAUUUCAAAAAAUGCAGUGUGGUGCAGCCUGGAGCACGCACCUCUUCUCCUUCUUGGUGUGGAGAAUUCCUUUUAAGAACAUUUUAAAACGUUUGACCCCGAUACAGAUGGGGCUCCUACUUCAGGCCUAAAAUAACUACAGCAAAACAUGCUCGGUUUCAAAGCACUUUGGAGUCUACAGGAGGGACUGGAAAAAGCAGAGAGGAGGGCAGGCAGGCAUGCAGGGUAUGUCCUGUUAUCUAAGAUGACAAAUGACUAUGCCUAAACAGGGAUGUUGAACUUCAGGUUGAACAAUGGAGUGGCUGGUUUGUUGGCAGUAGUCUGGGUUGAAAUGUUAUUGAAGUGUAGAGGGUCAGGUUUAAUCUGCUCCGAUGUUCGGAGCCCAUUGAUUUGUGUGUUUAAGGUGCUAUGAAAAAAAUCAUCCCACAUAAUGUGUCAUAAAUAUUUAUCUUAAUAAACUGUACUGAAGAGUUGAUCUACGGAAUAAAUUGUUCUGUUACCUAUGUGUUUAUGGUUGUCAUGUUUUUG